GUUUUUGGUGAUAUUCUGUGAGUUGUCCUAAAAUUAAUUAAAAACAACUGCAAAUCAGGAUUUUAAUACUCAACAAACUCAAUUAAAUUGAUCUUAAGGAUAUUUCCCAUCGAUUUGGUGAAAUAUCUUUAUGAAAAGAAUUCCUGUUGUGUAAAUAUUUCAAUAUUUUCCCAACAAUAUUGGUGUUCCAUUGUGUGCUACUAAUGUGCUGUGUGCAAGGACUCCCGGGUUCUACCUAUAUUCACUUCGUAUAAAAUCGAUUUGCGCGCGUGUGUAUGUGUUGUUUCGGGUUCGUGUGUGUGUGUCAUUGCUAAAGAGUGCGGUUUGUGUAUAUUUAUUUACCUACAAAACAAAAUCACGAAAUAAACAAAAAUUAAAAAGGAUUUUCUCAUAAUAUUUUGUUGAAUUUUCCUUUGACUUCAAUUGAAAAAUCCUGAUUGAUUUCCUUGUUUUUGAGGUUCUUUUAAGUCCUCGCAUAUCCUUCGCGAAAAAAAAUUCUCUGUAUCUGUAACCUAGUUGUUGACAUUUUCUUUCGGGUGUGAACUGUGAGCAUUGAAAACAGGACUAACCAUCAAAAUAUGUUUACCAAAGGAUAAUUCAGGAAGCUGUCAGCUUGAAAAUACUCUCCUGUUAACUGCUGUUGCUGCUAUAUUAUACUCAAACUACUACGGCAGCUUGUUGUGUGUGGAUUUGAAGUGCAAUUUAGUUUUGCAACAUUGAAGGUAACGUAAAACGCAAAAGGUUAAAACGCAAAACCAGCUUGGACCUGAACUCUUUCUUCGUUCGAAGGAUAUAAACAAAAAUUACACCAUCACAAUAGAAAGUCCUUUGCGCCAUAGAACAGAAGGUAUAUAGCACACAACACCAACAACAGCGCACAAGUGGCCAAAAGGAUCGCAAGGAACCUCAAGCUCAAAACUUACUAACAACAAAACCUAGGCGAGAUAUACAUACAUACAAAGGCGUACUGCAUAGAACAAGAACCAAAGGACAUACAUAUAUCCAUAGUUCUUCUUCGUUGAGUAAGUCGUCCUUGUAGUGUUCAUUGUUGUCCAACACCACCUCAACCACCGCCCAUUGAUUGCCCUCCAUUCGCUCGCUCCGCACCUCUCCAUCGUUUCCUUAUUCUGCACUGCAUACAAAUUUCCACAACUACAGUCCGCCUCUCCUGUUUUGGAAAAGAAAAUUAAAACACUUGCUUUACAUGACAGUAGUGGAUACAAUGGGAACUGCAACUUGGAAUACAAAAGGCGCUACUAUGCCAUUUGCCGUUAGCUAUGGUCGUAGCAUCAUUGUCGUUGUCCUGCUGGCUAUGAUGUCCUCCAUUCGAGCGAUUACCGAGGAAUUGUCACCAGAUCAUGUCCGUGAGUUCAACUGUGGCAAACUGUACUACAGGACGUUCCAUUUGGACGAAGAUCGGGACUCAUUAUUCGUUGGUGCAAUGGAUAAUGUUUUUCGUUUGAGUCUAAAGAACAUCUCAGCAUCAGGAUGUGAUAGAGACGUUGUCAAGCUCGAGCCAACUAUGGAUGAUGUACGUUCCUGUGUGUCAAAGGGUAAAAGUCAGGUCUUCGAUUGCAAGAACCACAUCCGUGUCAUUCAAUCAAUGGCGAACGGCAACAGGCUGUACAUUUGUGGCACGAAUGCUCACAAUCCCAAGGAUUAUGUCAUAUAUUCGAAUUUAACCCAUUUACCAAGAUCGGAAUACGUGCCAGGAAUCGGUUUGGGCAUCGCCAAGUGUCCAUACGAUCCACUUGAUAAUUCAACAGCGAUUUACGUGGAGAACGGAAAUCCAGGAGGUCUACCUGGUUUGUACUCAGGAACAAAUGCUGAAUUUACUAAAGCAGAUACAGUUAUCUUCCGGACGGAUUUGUAUAAUGUUACCGCAAAACGAAAGGAAUUUGGUUUUAAAAGGACGUUGAAGUAUGAUUCUAAGUGGUUGGAUAAACCAAAUUUCGUUGGAUCGUUCGAAAUUGACGAUUAUGUGUAUUUCUUCUUCCGUGAAACCGCUGUCGAAUACAUCAACUGCGGCAAAGCUGUAUACUCGCGCAUUGCACGCGUUUGCAAAAAGGACACCGGUGGCAAGAAUAUCCUUUCGCAGAAUUGGGCAACCUAUCUGAAGGCACGACUCAAUUGCAGUAUAUCUGGCGAAUUUCCGUUCUACUUCAAUGAAAUCCAAUCGGUUUAUCAGUUGCCAACGGACAAGACCAAAUUCUAUGCGACAUUCACAACCAGUACCAAUGGUCUCAUUGGGUCAGCUGUAUGCAGUUUUGACAUCAACGAAGUCCAUGGAGCUUUUAACGGAAAAUUCAAAGAACAAUCUACAUCGAAUUCAGCAUGGCUACCAGUUUUGAAUUCAAGAGUACCAGAUCCAAGACCCGGUACAUGUGUCAAUGAUACAUCAAAUCUGCCAGACACUGUUCUUAAUUUCAUCCGAUCUCAUCCGCUUAUGGACAAGGCCGUUAACCACGAACACAACAAUCCUGUUUAUUAUAAAAGGGAUUUGGUCUUUACUAAGCUCGUUGUUGACAAAAUCGACCAAGAAAACACUGUCUACUAUGUAGGCACCAACCUUGGACGUAUCUAUAAAAUCGUCCAAUACUAUCGCAAUGGUGAAUCACUUUCCAAAUUGCUGGAUAUCUUUGAAAUUGCCCUAAACGAAGCCAUUCAAGUAAUGGAAAUCAGCCAGACACGUAAGUCACUUUAUGUGGCCACAGAUUAUCGCAUCAAACAAAUCGAUUUGGCAAUGUGCAAUCGACGCUAUGACAGUUGCUUCCGUUGUGUUCGAGAUCCUUAUUGUGGUUGGGAUAGGGAUGCUAAAGUGUGCAGUCCUUAUAAAAUGGGAUUAUUACAGGAUGUUGGAAACCGCACCAAUGACAUUUGUGAUUCAAGCGUGCUGAAGAAGAAAAUUGUUGUCACCUAUGGACAAAGUGUGCAUUUAGGAUGCUUCGUUAAGAUACCAGAAGUUUUGAAGAACGAACAAGUUACUUGGUAUCAUCAUUCCAAGGAUAAAGGACGCUAUGAAAUUAAAUACAGUCCAACAAAAUACAUUGAAACCACCGAACGUGGAUUGGUUGUUGUAUCCGUUAACGAAGCUGACGGCGGUCGUUAUGAUUGUCACCUGGGUGGAUCGCUUUUGUGUAGUUAUAAUAUCACUGUCGACGCUCAUAGAUGCACACCGCCAAACAAAAGCAACGACUAUCAAAAAAUAUAUGCAGACUGGUGUCAUGAGUUUGAGAAAUACAAAUCGGCCAUGAAGUCCUGGGAAAAAACGCAAGCGCAAUGUUCCACCCGACAAAACUUCAGCAAUCAACACACCAACGAAGUAUUUCGUAAAAACAAUGUCUGAUAUCAAAAUAAACUCUCAAUUUCGUCCAUAAAACUUUUCCAAUAAGCUAUACAUACAUAAUACAUAUUCACCACAUCAAAACUCCAGCAGGUUUUUUUUUUGUUUAAAUAUCUUUUUUAAUUUCUAUAUCACUUUGUGCUGACUUUAAAAAUAAAAAUUAAAAUAAAUAUAUAGAAAAGUUAACCUAGAACAACAACAACAAAAAAAAUUAAAAAAAAAAACUUUUUAUCCACAUCAAAAUUAUAAAGUAAUAUUACCUACUACAGAAAACUUUGUUUUUUAAAAAGAGUAUUCUUGUCUAAACCAUAACUAUGCAAUAAAAAACUAUAAAGUACUGAAUUUAAAGGUUUUAAAAAAAAUUUCAAACAUCAACAAAAACUAAAAACUUGUAGCCACAAUACAAAAAAAGACAUCCUGAAACUAUCAUCGUCCUGUGGAUACUUAAUUGAGAUUGGAUUUUAACAACAUUUUAAAAAACCUAUUAAAGAGCAAAAACGAAAUAUAAACAAAAAAGUAUUCCAUAAAUUUUAUUUUUUUUUUAAACACCAAAAGAAAAAAACUCUCUUAAAUUCGGCGCAGUACUGAUAGACAUAAGUUAGUCAUUAUAUUUAUAACUUUUCUCAAUAUUAAAACUGAAAAAUACAGCACAAAAACGCUCAUAACUUUCACUCACUUCAUGCAUAAAAACCUUAACAUAAAAAUACAUAAACAUAAAUUGUCAUGAAAAACAAACUCAACUAAAACUUUAGCUAAUUUUAAAAUAAAAAGAAAACAAAACAC